UAAGCUGAAACAUUGAGCAGAGUCAGCUGAGGAAGGAAAGGAGUGCACAAGUAGCUAGCUGAGCAGCCAUGGGAUUCUGCUGUGGACCUUCGGAUGUCAGGGUGCUUCCCAAGAACACCUCCUCCUCACCGUCGCCGCCGUCGUCGAUUAACGGUGCGGGCAGCGACGGCAAGAAGAAGCAGCCGCAGAGGCAGAUGAAGCAGCAAGGUGUUAAGAGCGAGCAGGUAAAGGAGAAGAAGAAGGGGAGCAACCUUGACCGUGCUGCGCUGACGACGCCCCAAUUCCCAUUCCACUCACGGCCUGGUCUCAUGUAAUGAGCCUGGGAAGAACAAAUACGUACGAGCGUGUACAUUCUUAGGAAUUUAUUAGGAUGCUCCGGUUGUUCCGUUGCACUUUGUGGAGUUGUAUUGUCACUGUGUGUGUUCUAUUCAUUUUUUUAAAUCAUAUUCACGGGGUUUGUUGCAAAUUGGAGGUGUUUCCUGAUAAUCUAGUAGAAAAUACGUUUAUUGUCA